CUCAACUCUUGCCUGUUACUCUCUUCUCCUUUUUUCUUCUAAAGUGCACACCACUCUAGUUUCGUUUACGUCGUUAGUCUCCAUCGCUUGUCAUCAUAAAUGAUACUAAUCUAGACAGAACUGAUAACCAGUUUGACUUUUGUUGCUUUUCCUAGCUGGCGAUGUGCAUAUCAGGGCAAUGGGAGCCCAGCAAGGCAAGGAACGUGAACGGACAACCACAUCAACUGCUGGCUCCCUGCACUCUCUCACAUUGGCAUCUCAGACUGGCUCUCGCCCGGUGAAGGCAAAAACCAACUCUUUGAGGCCAGCCAGAGACAACUCAUCAGCUUCUCGUUCGCAAGCCUUCAAUGUGUUUGUUGAACACAAUGAGGCAUUGUUGCAGAACCGGCCGCUGCCAACGUUGCCCGACUUGGCGACAGGAGCGUUGGAUCUGGAUGGCGGCGGAUCGUCUGGUCUAGGCGGCCACUGCGGCACCACCUUUAGCCUCGAAUCGGCGCACCGAUGGACGUCGAGGGAUAACCUGCUCCACACGGAGCCCGACGAUGAGGAUCCGCAACUUUUUGUGGCUCUUUACGACUUUCAAGCAUCGGGCGAUAACCAGCUCAGCUUGAAGAAAGGCGAACAAGUCAAGAUUUUGAGCUACAAUAAAAGUGGAGAAUGGUGCGAGGCUCAUUCGGGUUCGGGCAGAGUCGGCUGGGUUCCGUCCAACUAUGUGACGGCCGUCAAUUCCCUGGAGAAACACUCGUGGUACCACGGCCCUAUCUCCCGCAAUGCAGCUGAAUACUUGCUCAGUUCGGGCAUCAACGGCAGCUUCUUAGUCCGCGAAUCGGAGAGCAGUCCCGGCCAGAGAUCCAUUUCGCUGCGCUACGAGGGCCGAGUCUAUCAUUACAGGAUUAGCGAGGAUUCCGAAGGCCGGGUUUACGUCACGUCGGAGAGCCGGUUCCGGACGCUGGCCGAGCUUGUUCAUCAUCAUUCGGCGAAUGCGGACGGGCUCAUCACGCAACUGUUGUAUCCGGCACCGAAGCGUCACAAGCCCCAAGUGUUUGCGCUCAGUCCCGAGCCUGACGAAUGGGAAAUUGAGCGGACCGACAUUGCCAUGAAGCAGAAGCUCGGAGGAGGUCAAUACGGAGACGUCUACGAAGCCAUGUGGAAACGCUACAACAUGACGGUGGCCGUCAAGACGCUGAAGGAGGACACGAUGGCGCUCAAGGACUUCCUCGAGGAGGCGGCCAUCAUGAAGGAAAUGAAGCAUCCGAAUCUGGUGCAGUUGCUCGGCGUUUGCACGCGGGAGCCGCCUUUUUACAUCGUCACCGAAUUCAUGUCGCGGGGGAAUUUGCUCGACUAUUUACGGAGGGCCAACCGCGAGGAAAUUGAUGCCAUCGUUCUUCUCUAUAUGGCCACACAGGUGGCCGCCGCCAUGUCCUACCUGGAGAGCAGGAAUUUCAUUCACAGGGAUCUUGCCGCUCGUAAUUGCCUGGUCGGCGAGAACCACUUAGUCAAAGUGGCCGAUUUUGGUUUGGCCCGUUUAAUGCGCGACGACACCUAUACGGCUCACGCCGGGGCCAAAUUCCCCAUCAAGUGGACCGCUCCCGAAGGGCUGGCAUACAAUAAAUUCUCUACCAAGUCGGACGUCUGGGCCUUUGGUAUCCUUUUGUGGGAAAUCGCCACCUACGGAAUGUCUCCUUAUCCCGGUAUCGAUUUAACCGAUGUCUACCACACACUGGAAACGGGUUACCGGAUGGAAUGCCCUCCCGGUUGUCCUCCUCGCGUCUACGAUCUCAUGCAGAAUUGUUGGCACUGGAGUGCCAACGACCGGCCCACUUUCCAAGAGAUCCACCACGCCCUAGAGCACAUGUUCCAGGAAUCGAGCAUUAACGAAGAAGUCGAGCGACAGCUACAGGGGAGCAGCAGCGUGGGCGCCACUUCGUCCAGUCCACGCCUGUCAUCCAAAAAGGUGGCCAAUCAGGGCCAAGCUCAAAAUCAAAGUCAUAAUCGACCGUCAGGUGCUAGCGGUAGCGCCGCGUUGCCUAGUCGUUCCAGCACCGGUCCGGUGCAAAUGAGACGGGCCACCAACACGAAAGGCAAACCCGUCCCCGCUCCUCCGAAACGUACCAGAGGAGGCAAGCCCAGUAAGGUGUCCGACAAAUUGGCGCACCUGGGUACCGCACCUCCCAGUAGCUCCUUCCGCGACAGUUCUUACACAGAUCAGGACUUUGGAGGGCCUUGCGGUGACGAUGGAAGCGAUUCCAACGGCAUUGAACACGUUUUCGAAGGCAUCAACAGAGAUCUGCAGAGUUUGAAUCACGGUGACGAGUCGGAGGGAGAUGGAAGCGAAGGUGAACAGGCUCUGACGACUCACCAGAGUGGUAAAUUUCACCGACAAAUGUCGGAGCAGCCGCGCGGAACCAACAGUUCCAACCGGAAGACGAGAACAUAUCCGCCGAAAGAGACGAGCCCGAUCCAAGCCGAUUCCAAGCCGAAACCACCGCAAAGGAGCAAAGUCCAAGUGGCUACCCUCGAAGUCCACAAUGUCAAGAAAGCCAUUAAUAGAUAUGGAACUCUGCCGAAAGGAGCGAGGAUAGGAGCCUACCUGGAGUCUCUGCGUCAGAGUGGCAUGACGAGCGAGCCGCCGGAAGGCGUCGACAUGGAUCAAGGAAAUAAAGAAGAAGAAUCGCCUAAAGCUGGCCAUGUUUCGCUGUUGCGCCAAGCGGUCAACCACAACCGGACGGAAGAUCCGAGACUCCGUCCAGGUGUCAAGAACGCGACGUCCUCUAAUCCGGCCAAAACACCCCCGGCCGUUAGGAGCCAUUCGUUGUCGGGUGAAGGGCCUCGCACGCCCAGCCCCAAACCGCGCAGCAGCGGCUUGCGUUCCAGCAGCAACCCGCAAUCGCGCAACCCGCGUGAAAACUCACCGGCUCCGAACCUGGCCGAUUUGGAAUUCCCUCCACCUCCUCCGCCGCUAGAAGACGAUGCGGCUUCUGCCGCGGACGAUCAUUCUUCGGCAGCUUCUCACGACUCGAUCGACGGCCCCAAACAGCCGGAGAACCAUCCGCCCACCCGACCCGUUCCUUCUCCUCGGGGUCAAGUCAAAACGCCUCCAGCUAACGUCCAAAUGCGGGCCAACUCAGUCGAUCGGGCCGGCGGCGGCGGCGGCGCCCGGCAGUCACUCGAAGAUCAAUUCUUUCUCGGCGAGGAAGUCAGCGUCGAAGAGAAUUCGCUCAAACGGAAUAUCGAUUCCAACCGGACGAAUCGUGAAACGGCCAACGACUCGCCCAACACGACCACAGGGAGCGCCAACUCUGGUGGUCUCGUCACCAGCAAGAGCGCCGACUCGCUUUCCUCCUCUGAAUUACUGGAGAGGAAGAGCGGAGCAGCGUUCCACACGCUGGAAGAACCGCCCGGUAGCGGUGUUGGCAUUAUGAGUCAAUCGAUUUUCGGUAUCCUCCGCUCACCGAGCCCAUGGGAAGAGAAUCAUCAUGGGUCUGACCCGCCACCGGAGCCAGCGCCUAGCGCGGCCGUGAACAAGACGAAGCCAUCAACGCCCAGAGGCUUGCGCCAUGUCGAUGUCCAACUGGUGGCCGAGCUCAAAGAAAAGACGGACAAGAAACUGUCUCGAGGAUCGUCUCUGGAGAAUAUGGGACCUCAGAACCCUCCGUCGGUGCACCUUGUCAGCGAGCUCUUUGAGAAUUUGCGGUUGAAGGCGGGCAAGAAACCGGGUCACGCUAGCGAAACGCAGACGAUGGAAUCUUCGAUGAGUCAGCCGGCCGACGUGAUGGCUCCACCUCCUCCGCGGCCGGCGCACCCAGCACCGCAGCGACCCACUUCGCAUUCUGCAACGAAGAAAAUAGAUCUGAUGGCCGAUCAGUCCCAUUCCCAAGACCAAACCAAUUCUCCCGCAGCCGCGGCCAACAACGGCGAUGGUGGCAUCAAAUUCGACUUUAAAUCCCGUUUGCGUAAAGUUGGCAGCGAAAAGACGGACAUUGACGCGACCCCAUCUCACGAGCAACAGCCGGCAGUGGUGAAACCGACGGUGAAGCCGGCGCCGGAAAAAGCGCCGGAGAAGCCGUCGGAAAACUCGGAAGAUUGCGACGAUAAGCGGAAGAGCAGCGGCAGUAUCAACAGUUUGAAGCGGAUGUGGGAAAAGGAUCAACAGAAUCAACAAUCGCAGCAGCAACAGCAACAGCAUCAUCCUCAGUCUCAGCGAAUCUCUCUCAAAAGUGGUGCCAACAGCGAGACGAUGCCCAACAAGCCGCCGCCACCUCCUCAGCAGCAGCCGGACAAGCCAGCCGUCCCGGUCAAACCGAGCAGUGUGGUGAUGAAGCCGCUGAAGAACUCGUCGGCCGCCAUCUACGCGACGCCCACAUCAUCUGUGAUCAACUCGAAGCCUCCCGUAGCUAACCGGAGCAGCGCCGUCUACGCCAAAGGGCCGUCUCCGGUCAUCCAGGGCAGCGUCGGGGCCGGCGAAAACGGCGACGGCGAUCGGCAGAAGAUCGUGGCCCUGUGCUCUGAAGUGGAACAGGUGCUAUCGCAAUCCCAUGCGACCCCAACCCAGUGGAUGGAUCUGCUGACCAAUGUCCACUCGUUGUGCCACACUUAUGCCGAUUGCAUCGCCCCGCACGGCCGCUUCCAUUUCCGGCAGCUCAUCGCCAAACUUGAAACUCAGACCAAGGAGAUGAAGCAGACGAGCAGCGGCCCGUUGAGGAAUUCUUCCGAGCACAGCCGUCUCAUCGGUGACGUCAAGAACACGGUUCGAGAUCUGGCCAACGCCUUGCAACGUUGAAAC